AUUUUUUCAGAAUCUCUUUACACAGAAGGGACACAUGUUUAUGUAUAAAAGACGUGAAAAAGUGGAUUUUGCAUAAUGGUGACCUUUAACUAAACCCCCCUUUUGGACAUAGUGAUAAAGAAGCCUGAAUUACAAACGCAACUACAUCCUUCCCAGUGAGGUUUACAAGACAUCAUUGUUUGUGUCAAAAUCGUAACUGCAACUUGCGUAUGAGUAAUGAGCACACUAACACUAAAAAAGAAUAUCGCUCUAAUGUUGUUACAAUAAAGAAAUAACUCCAAAGUACGUCAUUGUCAUCAAUCUAAAUGACGUGAGCGUGAGGGAGGGAGGGAGAGCGUGAGGGAGGGAGGGAGAGAGAGGGGUUGGGGUUGAACGCAGAGGUUGAUGAGUGAACCAGUGAGUAGGUUUCCAGAGAGAACAAAAAGAGGGAAAACAAAGCUCUGCAACACAAGACAGCCAACAGAAGCAUCCUUCACAAGUUGAGCAUUCGGCUGCUACACACCAGGAUUUGAAACCCUGAUCAGAUCUGAGGUGGAGCUCUGCUUGACCUUCCUGUGCAGCCGGCUCUGUUAGUGACAAGUGAAAAUGCUCUGGAGAUUGACUCUUGCCCUGGCUGUGGUGUGCGUCGGUGGCAUCUGCAGCUGUGUGAAGGCGGACACGAUGAGCAGCCUGCUGCUGCCGAGGGACUACGGGGUGAAGCUGUGCGGGAGAGAGUUCAUCAGAGCGGUCAUCUUCACCUGCGGCGGCUCGCGCUGGAAACGCUCCACAGACGGGGACAUAGCUCCCUUCCAGUGGAGUUCCCUCAGUGAUGUGACAAUGGGGGACGACCAGCCAGACUGGCAGCCUGGGACAGAGCUUUCAGCAGAUAACCCUUCUCCGCUCCUCAUCAGCUCCUCUUCCUCCCUGGCGUACCUCCUGGCUCUGUACACGGCCCGCAGAGAAAGGCAACAGCUGCCUCUGAGCGACUUUGCCCCUCAGUCGCAGCCUUUCACUGUUUUAGGUGAGCAAGACGGGAACCCAGCCGCAGGGGACUGGCCCGUAGCGAGCAAGAAGAAGAGGAACUUUUCUCUGGGUGUGGCCGGGAAGUGCUGCAGUCAGGGCUGCACCAAGAACGAUAUCGGACGCUUGUGCUGAUUCAGGGAGCAGAGCGGCUGUGACACGAAGGUGUGAUGGACAGUGUUGACGUAGGAUGUUAAAUAUAGAGGAGAGAAAGUUCACAUCUGCUUUUCAUAGGUUUAAGUGAGCCUAAUGUUUAAAAAAUGAUAUAUUUUCUUUACUUUCCUUGUUUGAUAUUUUGUUAAUAAUGAUCAUGUUCUGUAAGUAACCCUUUCAGCAUCACUGAAAAUAAAUUCAAACUGUGUUAAUAUUAAAUAUUCUGCCUUAAAGUGUCCUUUGUUUAUUUGCUGGACCAGGAGAAGCACCCAUUGUUUAGCCUGCGGACCACAUGACUAACCUGCAUUUAUUCUAGCACCGGGCAAUAUCACACAUGUCAUUUAGGCUGCGGUGAACUUAUUGCUGACAUCUGUUCACAACAUUACGCCUGCCUGAUCGUUUUCCGUUAGCACCCGCAGGACGCUACUGCAGAAAAGUGGAUUUCCCUUUAUCCUUUGUGACAAAGAUGAAACAAACAUAUACACAUUCAACCCAAUGCACAAAACCGCACACUGUAUAAUUGUAAAACUCAUGCACACAACUUAAUUUAAAAAAACAAAACAAUGUUCAUGUCCGUAGUACUGCAAUAUGUUUUCUUUAAUACAAUUAUGUACACACCUGGAAUAUAAUACAUAUCAAUUUUUAUAAUAUUUACAUUUAUCUAUACAUGUCAUAAAUGUAGCUGCAUGUUUUCCGUUGGAUGACAGAACAAGGUGUCACUGACACUGAACAAAACUCAAAUGAAACAUGGUAAAAAAAACA